AUGGGAUGCGUGCCUGCCAUGGCAGCACUCUGCUUCACUUUAAACGGCAGGAAUCAGAUCAUCAGCUCGCUUGCCAUGGGGAUGGGUUCUGAGUACCUUGUUAUAAAACCCCGCGCCCGCGGCCGGCUCCUGUCUCAUGCUACACCACACUCUCUGCGCAAUGGUUCGUUUGAGAUCGACUCGAAGACAGACGAACAUCAUCAUACUCUAUCACAGGUCGCAUCCAUCAAUACACACCAUACUUCGCCUCACAUCCACUCAUACAACAUCAAUCAAUACCCCAUAUUAUCCCACAUGGUGAAAGGCGUCGGCAGUUCUGGUGGCGGGUUAUGGUUAAUGGUCCCCGGGCCCCGGCCGCCCGAAGACGACAAAGUGGAAGCGCCGCUACCGACUGGCGUUGUCGUCUAUCGAGCCGGCGAGUCUGUCCAAUCGCUCACAGAUUGGGAAAUAAUAAAAUUACAGAACAAGUCAGAGAAUGCGGAGGAGAAGAGAGCGAGGUUGGAGCGACUUUCACCUGGUGGUGACCUUGCUGACGUUGCUAUUUGGAUGCGUAAUAACUGGAAUAAGAACCCCCAGGCAAAGAUCCCGAGUUUCUCAGAAUACCCACGAAAAGCGCGCCAUCUCGAGGUUCUUGAGGUCCCGUCGCAGAAAGGCCCGGACCGAACAAGUUUGGGCAACUUCGAAGACAUCAGUCUACUUGACGUGAACCGCCAGUAUAUGAAAUUUACCUACUGAAGAGGGCGCCCCCGGGACCAGGCUAUUGCAAGACGGUUCCAGUCCUCCUUUAAUACCGUGAGAACCCCGAAGAACGCCAGCCUGGCAGGCUCACUUUAUCCUGUCGCCGAAUGCCUAGCCAUGCAAACUCCCUCUACGUCGUUAAAUCGCUCUCUUCUUGACCCAUGACCAUCGUCUACACCCAUCGAUGCUCCCUCCCACAAGUUGUCAUUGUCAUGCAGCGUCCCCCUCCUUUCUUCACCCACACCUUACUCCA